UAUGGCGGACGCCGAAACAGGAAGUCAGACGCCGCUCCAACACUACCACGUCAUCGGCUUCCCCAUGACGAGGAUGACGAGAUGGAGGAUGUCGACGAUGCGGAGGAUGCCGGCGAGGUGAUACAAUACGAUGAGGACGGCGAAGGCGAGGAUGUAGAGGACGCUCCGACUCCGGCCCAAGAUGACGAGGAAGAAGACGAGGAAGAGGACGACGCCCCAACCAUCACCCAAUUACCAUCACGAAGGCGAGGACGAGGACGCGGCAGAGGCGGCGCACGCAGAAGUACCCGCUCCGAACGGCUCGACUACGCCACACCCCAGCCCCACGAAGCAGACGACAACGAAGCCUCCGAAUCCGGCACUCCCUUUCGCCGCCGCCGAGGUGCGCGUCUCGAAGGCUCCACACGCGCUCGUGGCAGCCGCGGUGGCUUCCGAGGCCGACGACGAGGCGGCCACGCUCCUGAACCCUCCCGAACCGUAGUGGACAAGGACGGCCACGAACUGCCAGUGGUCGACGACGAAGUGCAGGUCGACGACGAUGCCGAGGGCAACGCCAAAGUCGACGCCAACGGCAACCUCCUCGGCAACCGCGAGUACCGCGUGCGCACCUUCAAGAUCACCGGCAAAAGCGACAAACUCUACAUGCUCUCCACCGAGCCCGCACGCUGUUGUGGGUUCAGGGAUAGUUAUCUCUUCUUCGCCAAGCACCCGAAGCUCUACAAAGUAUUACUCACGGAACCGCAAAAACUCGACCUCAUCGACCGCGACAUCCUGCCCUCUUCCUACAAAGGUCGCAACAUCGGCGUCGUCACCGCGCGAUCCGUCUUCCGCGAGUUCGGCGCCCGCAUCAUCGUAGGCGGGAGGAGAGUGGUGGACGACUACAAAGUAGCAGAAGCGCGGGAGCAAGGGGAAGUAGAAGGCGAGCUCGCCGACCCGGAAGACCAUAUCCCGGAUGACAAGGGCAAGUAUAACCGCAACCGCUACGUGGCUUGGUUCGGCGCCAGCGAGGUGUAUAGGAAUGUCGGGCAGGGCGCGGAGCGGAGUCACAAAGCUGGCGCGCCGGGGCAGGGGAAGAAGCGGGGGACGGUGACGGUGGAGAACUGGCAGUUUGUGCAUGCGCGGGAGGCGAGCCGCUUCAACGCGAGACUAACAGCCAUGCGCCGUGCGACCCUCGAUGGCGUCUACGACUCCCACACGAACAUGAUGUUCUACCCCAAAAUCAUGCAACCGACGCAUGCGCGCUGGGAACAGAUCCCGCCCCCUAUCGCCUCAAUUACGAACGGCGGUGCAGAGUCCCUCCCCAACGGCACGACAAACAACGGCGGCCCACACGAGGACCACGAAGCCGCAGAACCCAACCCGUCCAUCUUCCCCCCCGUCCCACCAAUCAUCUCCCGCAAUUUCGUCAUAACCGACACGCACCUCUCCCACCCUGCCCUCCCCUCCUCCUCCGGCUACCCGGGCCCGGACUCAGCCACCCUCGACCCGACAUCCGGCUCCAACGGCCUCACCACCAUCCCCGCGGAACUUGUGGAAGAACUCCCCGCGGAGUGUCGAGCGGCGUUUGAGCAAGCGCGGGGGGAGGAGACGCGGUGGAAGAGGUCGUGGGGGACUGAGGCCGGCAGUGCGUUGAGGGGGGAGUUGAGGGUCGGGUUUAGUGGGUAUCCUGUUUAGUGUUGUUAGGGCGUUGGGCGAAUAGGUGUUGUCUUUUUGUGGAUGGGGAGAUGGGGGUUGGGGGA